AACUGCCUUGUGUGUUGCUUUCAAAUUUUUGUACUAAAGUUGUUGUUUACUGAAGUACGAUGAACUACCAGUUAACCACCACAUUUCGGCGAGACGAACUAAUCUACAAUAAUGACGUCGACAUGAUUGGAUCAGGAGGGUUUGGCAUCGUCUAUCGAUGUCAACUACGAAAUUCGCAGUCAAAUUCAAGUGAAAUCGUGGCGCUGAAGGUUCUCGCUACUCCGUACAAACUUAGACAGAAGGAAUUGGGAGCAUUUAUGCAGGAAGCGAGUAUAUUAAAGUCUCUUGUGGACUGUCCUCACAUCGUUCGGUUCUUGGGGUUAUGCAUUGACCCUGGCCACUAUGCAAUUGUCAUGGAAUAUGUCGAAUAUGGUAAUUUGCAAGACAUGUUGCUUUCAGGAGUAGACGAGCAUCCGGUGAUCAAACAGUGGAAUUGUCGUAUUCGAAUGGCAGCAGACAUUGCUAAAGGAAUGAACUACUUACACAGUCGAGUGAAACCAAUUAUUCAUGGAGAUUUGAAGACUGCAAAUGUAUUGGUGGAUCACAACUACUGUUGUAAAAUUAUUGAUUUUGGGUUGGCAAAAGUGCGAGAAAUUUCAGAGCAAACACCAAGAGACCAACCUCGUGCUGGUACAGUGUCAUUUACUGCACCUGAAGUAUUUGAGGCAAAAGUGGAGAAGGGGAAGGAAAAGAAAGUUGACGUUUACUCAUAUGCAAUUGUUCUGUGGCAGCUGAAGGAACUGAAAUGUGUUAAUGCUGGUGUAAAUCAUGCCGUCAUUCGAGCUAAUGUGGUGGUUGGUGUCAGGCCUCCACUAAGUAAUGAUGAUGAAUGCCUAGAAGAAUAUAGAGAUCUCAUUGUUCGUUGCUGGAAUGCAGAGCCGGAUGUCAGGCUACACUUCAAAGAAAUUGUGACAAUGUGUGUGGGAAUGAUCAAACAGUAUGAAAGCUUACAUGAAGUAGAGCAGCGAAAAGAAGUGUGUGAAGUUUACCGUAACAUCAUAGAAACAUACCUUGAAGGCCCUAAUGGCUAUGAUGCUUCUUGUGACAAGCUGCUAAACGUAAAGAUCGGCCUUUCUGCAAUAGAAACUGCACAUGGAUCAGGAUCAGAUGACCUCGAGCAUGAUUUAAACAUCUCUGCUGCCAAAUUGUUAGAACAGGCAACUGAUAGUCUAAAAGACCGUCUGUGUUCUGGUACAUAUCCUGCAAACUAAUCAUUGAAUUUACCUCAAAGCUAAUGCGCCGAGUAGAUGACAGUAGAAAACAUACCUGGACAGCAUGGAAGCAAUAUGUAGCCUGUAAACAAAAUGGCAUGGAAAGAGAACAGAGAGAGAUGGAAGAAGAAAGACAAAAGGAAGAGAGGAGGAGGCAACUAGAAGUAGCAAGACAAGUCCUUGAAGCAAUCAGGCGACGAGAUAAGCAAUUUUUUGGCUUUCUAC